GUUAUCCCCCGCUAAUCCGCCGCCAUGUCUGAACGAAAGGUCCUCACCAAGUACUACCCCCCAGACUUCGACCCCUCAAAAAUCACGCGCCAGCGCGGUCCCAAGAAUGCCGGCCCCAAGCUCAUGACCGUCCGCCUGAUGGCGCCCUUCUCUAUGAAAUGCACUCACUGCGGCGAGUUCAUCUACAAAGGCCGCAAGUUCAACGCGCGCAAGGAGACGACUGACGAAAAGUACUACAACAUCGCCAUCUUCCGCUUCUACAUACGCUGCACUCGCUGCUCCGGCGAAAUCACCUUCAAGACCGAUCCCAAAAACAUGGACUACGAAUGCGAGCGCGGCGCAAAGCGCAACUUCGAACCGUGGAGGGAAGCCAAGCUCAACGAGGAGACUGAAGAAGAGCGCCUGGACCGCUUAGAGAGGGAAGAGGCAGAGCGCGACGCGAUGAAGGAACUGGAGACAAAGGUGGUAGACGCCAAAACUGAGAUGGCCAUUGCCGAUGCCUUGGACGAGAUUCGCUCGAGGAACGCGCGGCUGGAGAAGGCAGAUCGUGAAGGCACUAGGCCGGAUGUGCAGCCCGAUGCCGCCGACGAGCGCAGGAGGAAACAGGACGAAGAAGAUGCCGAAGCAGCACGGCAGGCAUUUGCUAACCGAAGCAUGCCAGACCUUGGCGAGGAAGAAAUUGACGAAGACAUGAUGGAUGCCCCAAUAGAGGUACCCGUCGUCGCCUCAUUCAGCAAGAAGCCUAAGGAAAAGAAAGACUUUAGCGCUGCACUCGGGAUUAAGAAAAAGGUCCCGGCGCCAGCUCCUACUCCAGCACCCCCGGCUCAAGCCAAAGCAGUCGCGCCACCAUCAAAGUUGUCUAAUAUGCUUGUAGCUGGUUAUGACAGCGAUAGUGAUUGAGGUGGAUUCGACACAGUCUUUGCCCCUCAAGAGAUUUCAUGCAAAGCCCAUUGGAUUCAUGCAGGGCUGCAUCUCCAACUACCAUUCACGUGUUGAACAGCAAACUACGCAUGUGCUUCCUGUCGAAGGUGGCGUACCUACAGAAUUCCAUGUUCUAAUCAGCCCGGUUCAGGUACCACUAGAGAAGAG